AUGACCUCACCUUUUGUUGCAGUCGCCGGUGCCACCGGUGGCCUGGGCCAACUGAUCGCAAUGGCGUUGAUCAAACGCGGUGUGGCCGUCAAAGCUCUUGUUCGCCCAAACACCGACCCCUCGCGCACCGAAAAGCUUCGAAGAGCCGGCGCAACCAUCGCGCCAGUAGAUCUCUCCGCAGUUCCAGCUCUCACCAACGAACUGACCGGAGCAAUGUGUGUUGUUUCCUCGCUUCAGGGGUUGAGAGACGUCAUCCAUACAGCUCAAGGCAAUCUCCUUAAGGCGGCUGUAGCCGCCAAGGUUCCCAAAUUCAUCCCGUCAGACUUCUCGCUCGACUUCACCAAGACAAAGCCGGGGUCUAAUCGCAACUUGGAUCUACGCCGUGAGUUCCACGCUGAGCUGAAGAAGUCUGGUAUUGCAUGGACGAGCAUUCUCAAUGGCGGGUUCUUGGAACUGCUUGUUGGUGACUCGCCGAUGGUGAAUCACAAGAGUCGUAAGGUUGCGUAUAUUGGACAGGAGAGUCAGCUGCUUGAUUUUACCUCCAUGGGAGAUACCGCUGCUUACACUGCUGCUGUUGCAGCGGACCCCAAGCCUACGCCCAAUUUCCUUCGCAUUGCCAGUGCUACUGUUAGUGCAAGGGAUAUCGCCAAUGCUGAGAGUAAUGUCGAAGGCGCGCAAUACAAGCCUGGCUGGAUGGGCCCAGUGUGGUUCAUCGAAAUCGUCAUCCGCGUGAUGCGACUUUUCGGUGGUGAGAAGGAGGUUUUCCCUAUUUGGCAGGGUAUGCAAUAUAUGACCAACAUGGCAUCUGGGGCCGGCAAACUUAAGCCGCUUGAUAAUGACCGAUACCCCGAGCUGGUUUGGACAACAAUGGAGGAGUUCCUCCGGGAGCACAAGAAUCAUUUAUCGAAGAAGUGA